AUGCGUACCUUUGCUUUCUUCAUUCCAUCCCUUCUUCUGGCGGCGUUCGCUGGUUUCGUGGCUUCACAAGAUGACACCCUGGUUAUCGACACUCCAACACUGACAGAAGAUCACGCUGAUUACAUCGAUGCCGUGGAUGUCGACCACAUCACCAAGCGAAGUCCUCCGGCCGGUAUAUACGUCUGUUCCCAGGCCAAUUGGGCAGGCAAAUGCACGUGGCUGUCAGUUACCGAGAAUACGUGCAAGAAGUUCGGUUGGAAUUCCGAUAUAUCGUUCGGGGUUCCGGUCGGCUGGCAAUGCAAGUUCUACUGGGGUGAGCAGUGUGGCGGAUCGAAAAGAACAGACGGCAAACUCACGAUUCCUGGCACAACCAAUUUCGCAUACAGCUUUGGCAAGGAGGCACCCAUAUCAUACAAAUGCAGACAAUGUCCCGGCAAGCCUGGCUGUUCCAACGGCAAUGCUCCAGACUUUUUCGAAGCCACGUCCAAGACAGGAGAGGUGGGCUACGAUGGGAAGUGUCGCGUCUUCACAGACGGUGCUGUUGCCACUCAACCAUGCUAG